CUACCAGGUGUUCCAGUGUCAAGACAAACUAACGUCCUUUCAUUUUUCCCCUACAACAAUUUCGUUUUUGUCAACCAUUGACAAAAAUAGUCCUUCCRAAGGGCAAAGAACGUGUUAUUGACAUCAGGGGGCCAAGAGGGACCUGAAAAAAGGCGAACUUGGGGAGAGUUUGUCACAAAAAAGAACAUUUCAUUUGAGAGACUCGCCCGGUGAAGGAUGCAGUAAGGAAAUACUGAAAUUUUAGCGGUUGGAUUUUUGUGCGGUUAUAAAAAGAACUUACCAUGAGUGACGAGCAACAGAAAGUUGAACCUACAGAACCCAAAGAAGAACCCAAGGAAGAACCCAAAGAAGCAGCCAACGACGAAGCCAAAGCUGAUGAGGCUAAGCAAGAGUCCAAAGAUGAACCAAAACCUGCUGAGAGUGAGGGAGAGACGGGAAAAGAAUGCGAAGAAAAACCCAAAGGGAAAAAAGGAGCAUUUCCUAAGCGAUACAUCGUGGCCAUUAUGGUAUUCCUUGGUAUCUGUGUACAGUAUGCGCUAAGAGUGAACCUAAGUGUGGCUAUAGGAGCCAUGUGUAACCCAAGAACAGUCGAAGAGAAUGGAUUUACCAUUGUAAAGAAACCCGAGUUCAACUGGAGCUCCAAACUUCAAGGUACAAUUCUCGGUUCGUUUUACUAUGGUUACAUGGCGAUGCAAAUCCCCGGUGGUUGGUUAGGUCAACGAUUCGGAGGUACUAAGGUGUUUGGYAUUUGCCUGGGUAUUGCAUCCAUACUYACCAUGCUKACACCAAUUGCYGCAAGAACGAGCGUCGUUGCGCUUAUUAUCCUUCGUGUCAUCGAGGGUUUGACUCUGGGAGCUCUCUUCCCAUGUAACCAUGCUAUCUGGAGUAAGUGGGCGCCACCAUCAGAACGAACAAGGCUCUUCACUAUUACUGUUGCUGGUUGCCCUGUUGGUACAAUCUUGUCCAUGCCUCUUAGUGGUCUAAUGUCCAAAUAUGGAUUCGAUGGAGGUUGGGCAUCAGUGUUCUAUUGCUUUGGUGCUGUUGGUCUCAUGUGGUUCUUCGUCUGGCAAAUGUCAAUCCAUGCAUCGCCAGCCGAACAUCCUACGAUAUCACCCGAGGAAAAGGACUACAUUGAAAAAGCUAUAUCCGACAGCACCCAAACGAAAAAGAUCAAGGUACCUUGGAAGUCUAUYCUAACAUCUGCACCAGUAUGGGCCGUCAUCAUCGCUAACUUCACGGCCGAYUGGGGAAUGUACACCAUCCUCAUCUGUCUUCCAAAGUACUUCAUUGAAGUUCUUCACUUUGAUCUGGCAAAGACUGGUUUCCUGGCAGCUUUGCCUUACGUCCUCAAAGCCAUUGUUGGACCAACCGGCGGUGUAGUUGUUGAUUGGUUGAUUAAAAACAAAAUGAGCGUCAGGAACACUCGACGUUGUGUCUUUACCAUUGGUUGCUCGGUCGCCUCUGUGUUUGUCCUGAUGACGGGAUACGCCAACUACCCAUAUUUGGCAGUGUUUUUCCUGACCAUUGGUGUUGGUAUAACGGGUAUCAAUGCGGCAGGUUAUGCGGUCAAUAUUCUUGAUAUUGCACCCAAGUACGCUGGUGUGAUCAUGGGUGUUACGAAUGUGUUUGGUGCCGCGCCAGGAUUCAUCAGUCCACAAGUUGUUGGGUUCGUCACGGCAAAUAAGACUGCUGGAGAAUGGCGUAUAGUUUUCUGGAUCACUUUCAUCAUGUAUAUCAUCGGUAUAGUACUAUUUGGACUGCUAGUCUCAGGCGACAAACAGCCAUGGGCAAUGGACGACGAAAACAACGAGCCAGACAAAGACGCUGAAAAAGGAGACGAAGAAAAGGAAGAGGARAAAGGAAAAAAGGAUGAACAAGAAGCCGAGAAGAAAGACGAAGACGACAAACCAGAAGAAAAAGCUGACGAGGAAAAGAAGGAUGACGAGGCCGCUGCGCCAGAGGGCGAAGAGAAGAAAGACGAAUAAGAACAUCUUAAAUAAAUUCAUAUGUAGUUACACACAUUUGUAAUAGUGUCUUUGAUAGUAUUGAUUCAACUAGCUAAAAUUGUAGUUUUUACAUCCUUAAAAUGAAGAUGACGCAAGCAUUGUAUAAAAUGAAGCCUACUCCAAUCAGAAUCAAGUAAGUUUACUUAGACGCGCGCGCGCUGAAAAAAGCGCGCGAAAAUUUCAAUAGUUUUCUUAUUGCAUGAACCAAUCAGAAAUCGUCAUAGCUGUACCUACGCAGCGCGCGUUUAGAAGCGCGCCAAACAUUUUAAUGGCUUCAUUAUACACGUCUCAUAACGAUCAAGUACACAUAAAAUAACUACAUUUUUUUCCGAAUUAUAAAAUUGUUAUAAUUCUAAUAAUAGUGAAAGAAAUAAUAAGACUAGUCAUGCUUUUCAUCUCAAGAGCUAUAGCUAACUUGAAGCUACUUGGAGCAUGRCACUAUUGAACGUAAUACUCGUACCGCUGUGCAGAAUGUUGGCUGCAAGUAUAACGUCAUUUAAUGACAGAAAUCAAAAUACAMAGUCUAAUACUUUGUAAGCUCGAAAAAAAUUCUGCGAUUAGUUCAAAUAUAAAAUACUUUGCACGAUUAUUGGUAUAACAAAGUUACACAAAAAUUGAGGUGUUAAAAAUGUUGUUUCUUGUUUGAUGUUAUGUGCCGUUUGUUACCGUGACGACAGUCGCUAUGGUAACUACGUUACCAAUAGAUUGAAUGUAUACAAUGUAUACGUGUUAAAUAAACUAUCAAUUUUUGCGCUACA